AUUUCACUUGAUAUAUCAAUAAUUGGACGUAAACUACCGGAUUAAAAUGAAAACUUUAGCUGUCAGCGUGUAUGUGAUUUCAACACUUUUAGGAUUUUACCUGGCGUCAGCAAAUUUAAGUAAAUACACACGACUGGAAGGGGACAAUCUGCUCGUGAGAUGUAACGCGACAGAAUCAGAUGAUAUUGAAAUAUACUGGCAGAAAAAUGGUACAGAACACCGCCCCUAUCGCCAAAAUGGAACUGAUCUUAUUGUAUUCAACAUAAAGCGGGCGUUUUCGGGCCAAUACAUUUGUUACGCACUAAACACGACGUUUUAUCCGUAUUACAACGAAACCGGCGCUAACGUCACUAUUGACGUCAUUACGGUAGACAUUGAAUAUCCAGCAGAAGUUGAUCGAUUUAAUAUUUUCCCGAAAGUGGUGCACGAAAACGAGUCUUUUACCCUGGAAUGCAAUUUUCAAGGUCACCCAGACCCCACGUGGUCCAUAUUUAACAGGGAUAAUAAUGAAGGUAUGAUGUCGGCUAACCUGCCUGCGGAUGUGAUAAUGGGACCGACAAAAGCCAGAUGUGACCACAUGGGGCGAUGGACAUGUACCGGACACAACAGACUGUCUCAUCACAAAAAUGCAACUGGCGAGGGAAUGUUAACCGUUUUCUGUUCUCCACGACCACAAUGGGCCCAGAUUUACCUUGAGGAAGGAGAAAAGGGCAAGCCCGCAAAACUAGAAAUGAACUUCACUGCAUAUCCAAGACCACAUAUAACGUGGUCUAGGGAGGAUGGCAGACCGUUUCAUGGUCAGAUAGAUACCUGGAAUGACACAACUGUUUUGUCAUGGGAUAACUUGAAUCCGGUAGAAGUCAGCGAUUUCGGUAACUACACACUUAAAAUGACCAACGAGUAUGGCACACAUAUUGCACAUUAUCAACUUAAAGCAAACGGUCAUCCCGAGAUGCCGACAAACGUCAGUAUUUCUGACGUCACAUACGAUAGCGUCACAAUCACAUGGACUUCCGGAUUUGAUAUGGGAUCUAGUCAGCAUUUCAUCGUCAUGAAGAAUUUCAAUGGCAACUCAUUUUCCUCGCUCUCACAAUGGAUCGAAGACAACUCGACCACGCACGGUGUCAACCAAACCUGGACUUACACGCUUACAGGGCUACAGAGCGACACAUUCUACAAUAUCUCUAUGGUUGCACAGAACAACUGGUUUAUGUCAGCAUUCUCAAGACCCCCCGUUACAUUUUGGACACAAGCGCGACCUCUGAUGCCAAAUGAGUCAUCAAGUUUCUCUCUUGCCGUGACUGUCGGAGCCUCUGUAGGAGCCCUUGUUCUGAUUGGAUCACUCGCCCUACUCCUGUACGUGUUCAAGUGGAGGAAAAUGAGAAUGCACUACGAAAAGGCGUAAGUCGCACGGCAUAUCCAAACAGCAAACGAUAGUACACUACGGGGUUGUGCAAUGCCAUGAUUAAAUGUUGUUCUUUGAACUGUUAUUGUUACCAUAAUGUUAAAGCCAUCACCUAUAUCCAGAAUAAAUAUGAAACAGAUA